GGCAGCUGCAACGAGAGAGCAGACAGAGGAUGAACUGGAUGCAGAUGCUGACAUCUUAGAAAUCCUGAGAGACUUCUAAACUUAAACUGUGUGUUGUCAUCUUAGUGGGAAUCUUUGAUCAGACAGGAUGCUUUACAUCGCCGUCCUCUCUCUGCUUGCAGCUUGUGUCUUGGCUGUCGAAGAGCGUCCGUACUCCUUCUCUCCAGCGGUCGGAUCAGGAAGUGGCAGCACUUACAGCCUCUCAGGAGACGGAAGAAUCACAGCAGUUAGAAUCUGGGAGAGAUAUAGCAACUACAUCUAUGGCAUCCAGUUCCGCUAUGGAAUGGUUUGGUCUUCCGUUGCUGGCAUCGUAUCCGGAGAGCCCAAAGAGAUUGAGUUGUUAGAUGAUGAAAAAAUCAUCCAGAUCUCUGGGAAGUAUGCUCACUACAUUCAGUCGCUGGUGCUCGUCACUAGCAGGGGUCGCUCUCUGCAGGCGGGUCAGCCUUCAGGACACUCCUUCAACAUGUAUCCGGGCCGGCAGGAAGCAGAGCUGGUCUUCAUCAGCGGCCGUUACCACGGAGGCCUCACGGCGCUCGGAGCCCACUGGGCCAUCGUCCCCAGUGACGAUGCUGAGCACUGAAGAGGGCCAAAGUUGACAAGUUGUUCUUUGUUAUUCUCUUCAUUUUUCAAGAGAAAAAGACAUUUGAUUGUCUUUGUAAUUAAAUCUUUUAUUCUUCUAGAUCAAUAUUAGAUAUUAUAUUGAGUUCCAGUUGUUCUUAGUCAGAAGUUUGAGCUGGAACUGAUGCCUAACAGUGUUUGCUUCUUUUAAGUGAACAUGUUUCUACCUUGCUUCUGUGCAGCAAAUACUGACUCCAGUGUUGAUAUGAGUUAUUAUUGCUAACAGUGGUCAACAAUGGUAAUGUGUAGUCAUGACGAUUCAUGGUGCACAAACAUUUACAGGACUGUCUCAGAAAAUUUGAAUAUGUGAUAAAGUCCUUUAUUUUCUGUAAUGCAAAAAUGUCAUACAUUCUGGAUUCAUUACAAAUCAACUGAAAUAUUGCAAGCCUUUUAUUAUUUUAAUAUUACUGAUCAUGGCUUACAGCUUAAGAAAACUCAAAUAUCCUAUCUCAAAAAAUUAGAAUAUUCUGGAAAUCUCAAUUUUAAACUGUAAACCAUAAUCAGCAAUAUUAAAAUAAAGAACUUUAUCACAAUAUUCUAAUUUUCUGAGACAGUCCUGUAUGUAUUUUCCAGCUUUGAGGCCCCUCAUGUGUGAUGCUUUUCUGAAUUCCUGGAUAGAUGGCGAGCAGUGUGUGUUUAGAUAACUUUCUAAUGAGAACUUUUAAAUAAUUGUUUUUUUCUUUCCCCAAAUUAAAUUAUAUAUAUGUAUAGUAUGAUCAUGUGUUAUGGAGAGGAGAAUAUCUAAUGAAAAUGUUUCAUGCAAAAAAUGCCAAACAAAAAAAAACAAAAAAAUAAAAAAAUGUAAUCAUG